AUGUCAGCCGAAAAAUCCAAGUUGACCCUAUCCCGCGGCUGGCCCGAAAAAGGGGUAUACAGUUGGUCGCCCUAUGUGACAAAGGUUGAAUUUCGGUUUCGACACGCUGGGCUGGCUUACGACGUCGAAGCCGGGUCAGUCAAGGUGGCGCCGAAGGGCAAAAUUCCGUAUGUGGAUCUUGGGCCUCUUCAAGACGACGGUCACAAUGGAUCCUCUCUCUUGGGAGACUCGACUUUCAUCAUCAACAGGCUCCUGGGCAUGGGCCAUCUUCCGGAUCUGAAUGGGAGCUUGCCCGAACAAUCGAAGCUGAAUGAUCUUGCUCUUCGAGCACUGCUGGAAGACAAGUUAUAUUUCUACCAUAUGCGGGAGCGGUGGCUCGAGAAUUUCUACGUCCAAAGGGAAAAAGCUCUGUGGUCGAUGCCGCUCCCAGUCCGCGUACUUGUUGGGUUUCUCAUCUAUCGAGGCGUCACGAAGACAUUACAUGGUCAGGGAGUUGGACGCCUGACCAGCGAAGAGGUGCGAAGUUUGAAGACCGAGAUCUGGCAGUCAAUCGACAGCGUUCUCAAAAGGAGAUUGCAGCAGGCUUCGGGUGACGGCGAGCUAGUUUGGCUGCUGGGUGGAGAACGGCCAACCGAAGCCGACGCGACUUUGUUUGGUUUCAUAGUUUCUGUGCUCGUCAGUGACAGUGCUCCAGAAUCAAACAAGCUCGUGAAAAGCUUCCCCAGCGUCGUCACAUAUGCGGAAAGGAUACACAACCGCUACUUUCCGGAUUAUGAGAAAUGGACAUAA